GGAGGCGCAGCAGCGGCCAGGCCAGCUGCAGGAAAGCUGCGCGCGUCGCUCCUGAACCAGCCGCUGGGGCCGCAUCAGGUGGAGAUCUGUUCAUCAGCGCAGCAGCAGCAGCACAGAUCACCAUCAGACUCCUCCUGCUCCUCAUCUCCGCGGCUCCAACUUCACGGGUUUUGUUUCACCUCUGAAACUGUUUUUUUUUUUUCCUUCUUCUUUUUUUUGCCAUAACACUCUCUGAACAAGACAAGUGGAAACCUAUAGAAAAAAAGACACCGGCAGAAAAAAAAGGUUUUACGACAAAACAUGGGAAGAAAGAAAAUUCAAAUUUCUCGGAUUCUUGACCAGAGGAACAGACAGGUGACCUUCACCAAACGUAAGUUUGGUCUGAUGAAGAAGGCGUACGAGCUGAGUGUGCUCUGUGACUGCGAGAUCGCCCUCAUCAUCUUCAACAGCACCAACCGUCUGUUCCAGUAUGCCAGCACGGAUAUGGACAAAGUGCUGCUGAAAUACACAGAGUACAGUGAGCCGCACGAGAGUCGCACUAACACCGACAUCCUGGAGACGCUGCGCAGAAAAGGCCUCGGUCUGGAUGGCUCGGAGCUCGACAGUGAGGAGAGCGUGCAGGCUGCUGCAGACAAGUAUUCUGGCAGCGACAGCAUGGACCUUUCUGUGGCUCGCCAGCGUUUCUGUCCUCCCUCUCUGCUGUCACCAGAGACCCAGUUCCUCGUGUCUGCUGGUUGUGAAAAUGGUUUCCCCAACUCCUCUGCAUGCGCCGUGGCUCCCCACAGGCCAACAGGAUUUAAAGCUCUGAGCUCACGUCCAGGAUCUGCAAGCCCUGCAGCCCCGCACGGCGCAUUCAUGUCCCCUCAUGCAGGCAUCGGCUACUCAGUGUUCUCUCAUGGCAACCUGAACCGCGCUCUGGACAUGAAAAGCCCUCCUCCUCCUCUCAGUCUGGGCAGCGAAAACCUGCGGGCAGAUGCUGCAAAUCAGGCCAUGGGGGCUGCAAGAGCAAACCACAACUCUGCUAGGAGUCUGCUGUACCAGGGCCUGCAUGGCAGCGGCUCUAUGGUGGCCAUGGGCAAAGCAGGGCUCCUGGGUCACAGCUUCGGGGGCUACAGCCUUCCCUCCACUGGAGCUUCUGAGUACACCCAGCCUGGUUUCUUUCACUCUGUUAGUUUACAGCGUGGAACAGUGACUCCCUGGCAGCACGAAAAUCAGGGGCCUCAUAUAAGCUCAGGGAUGUCCAGUGGGGGGUGCUCCUUCCCGUCUCAGUCUUGCUCAUCAAACUCUCCUCAUCUGCCCUCCUUGAACCUCAGCAUCAAAUCAGAGCGAAGCUCUCCUGACCACAUGUGCUCUCCAACCUCCCCUCGCCUGCACCACCUCAGGCAGCAUUCUCCAACCAGCAACCCUGAUUUAGCUCGACACACCCCUCCAGAGGCUCACUCGACCAAUAGGACGAAGGAGCUUCCCAAAGCCGGAUACCCGCAAGGUGGAGAGGAGAGAGGGCAGCCUCUCAGGCAGCUGGAGAUGAGCGAUGGUUGGCAGAGAUAGUGGUCUGCCGCUCGCUGACACCACAUCUAGUUCAGCAGCUCCCAACCAAAACAGGAGGGGUCCAGAUGAACGUCCUCCUGAGGGACACCCUCCUCUGUCUCCUCUCACAGAGCUGGGCUCUACAGGGUGGAAAAGAAAUCCCCCUUCCAUCACUCACUUCAUCCCAUGAGGAGACAGAUGCAUAAGGAACUUUUUUUUUGUUUUCAUUUUUCUGUGUUGAAAAAAAAAAUUGCUUGGUUUAUUUUUGUUUCUUCAUUUUGCAGCUUUUUGAACAUAGGUAGAACAACUGAAAGCCUGAAGAUGAUGCUGAAAAUAUAUUCAGUAUUUAAAACAGGCAUUGCUUCUGAGUGGGAACUGAUCCUAUACAUGCACUGCUCAAAAAAUUAAAGGAACACUUUGAAAACACA